AUGUCAGAGCCUCAACAGCCACAGCCAUCUCAAGAUGAACAGCCAAACGAGAAGGACUCUGUCGGCGCGCGCCUCCAGCCCGUGGAGACGGGUGCAUCUUACGAGCCUCCGCCCAUGAAGACACUUCAGCGGCGUCUUGUUGUUCUUUCUCUUUGUUUGACACUGUUCCUCUGUGCUUUGGAUACUACUAUCUUGGCAACGGCGCUUCCGACCAUCGGUAAAGAACUAGAUGUGUCAGCUCGCGAAUAUGCCUGGAUUGGGUCCUCGUACACUCUGUCCACGACAGCGGUGACGCCUGUAUGGGCAAAGAUAUCUGACAUCGUCGGUCGCAAGGUUAGCAUGAUGACUUCCACUGGUCUUUUCAUGGCUGGGAGUCUCAUUUGUGCUUUGGCGAACUCAAGUGGCAUGUUAAUCGGAGGAAGAACUGUCCAGGGUCUCGGAGUCUACAUCAACUUACCCUUUGAGGGUAUCGCACUGGUUGGGCUGUUCUUCUUGCUCAAGGUCGACAUCGAGAAGGUACCUCUCGUCGACGGACUUCGCAGCCUCGACUGGCCUGGCUUUGCUUUCAUUAUCGGUGGCACCAUUUGCUUCCUCUACGGACUUGAAGCUGGUUCAGGUGGACUUGCGCCCUGGAACUCUGCUUUCGUUAUCUGCCUUUUGGUCUUUGGAGUCAUCAUCUUAGCGCUCUUCAUGGUCUGGGAAGCCAAGUUUGCCAAAAAUCCCAUCAUUCCUAUAAGGAUCUUCCAGAGCACCACCAAUAUCGCCGCCUUCGCCGUCGCCAACCUUCACUCGUUCAUUUUCAUUGCCUGCGAUUACUUCUUGCCUCUGUACUUCCAAGUCGUCCUGGGCUUUUCGCCAAUCAUAUCCGGAGUCACGCUAUUCCCUCUGAUCCUCCCGAUGUCUAUCUCAACUGGCGUCGGAGGACUGAUCGUGAGAAAGACCGGCAACUACAAGCUUAUCAUCUUGGUGGGUGCCGCACUGAUGACUUUGGGAAUUGGCCUCUUCAUUAGCCUUGGUCAACGCAAGGAAUGGCCUAAGCUAGUCAUAGCAGAGGUCAUCGCAGGUCUCGGCUGCGGCGUACUCUUCCAGAACCCUAUGAUCGCUCUUCAAACGCAUGUCCGCCAGAGAGAUAUGGCGGCGACUAUGUCAGCGUACACUUUCAUGCGUGGCCUUUUUGUCUCGGUAUCAAUCGUUGUUGGAACCGUCUUUAUCCAGCGUACUGUUCACGGUGGCAACUUGACAGCUGUGUCUAGUGACAAGGCGCAGGGUGAGACAGACAAGCAUGGGUAUGUCAGUGGUCUACGUGUUAUGUGGGCAUUCUACACUGCCUUGUGCGGACUGAUGCUUGUGUCGGCUGUUUUUAUCAAACCAAAGCCAGCGAAGAUGGAGGAAGUCAGUAGUGAGGCAGCAAGUGAGACUCAGCAGAGCGAUAAGUGUUGA